AUGUUGAUGAUAUUGUUUUAUUUUGGAUCAGUGUUUGCUAUUAAUAGUCUGUGCGCUGCGCUCGGAUAUCCCGCUAUUCCUGGCUGGAUUGCUAUAGGUGGGGAUCCAUGCGAUGGCACAUGGCAAGGCGUUCGAUGUGACUCUGAUCUAAUAGUUUCAAUAACUCUAGUUGGCGCAAAUUUGGGUGGACAGCUGGGAGACAACUUGGGUUCUUUUACUGCUCUGCAAGAACUGAGAUUGAGCAACAACCAUAUUGGGGGGAGCAUCCCGUCCAAUCUUCCGGUUACACUACAAGGCUUGUUUCUUUCAGCUAACAUGUUAACUGGAAGUAUCCCAACUUCCUUGUCCACCCUACAACAAUUGUUGGCUUUGUCUUUGAAUGGUAACCUACUCUCCGGCGAGAUCUUUGAUGCAUUUCAAGGACUUGCACGGCUGACAAAUCUAAAUUUAGCUAAUAACAAUUUUGGGGGCCCCCUUCCAUCGUCAAUGGAGAGUUUAUCAUCCUUGACAAGCUUGGAUUUGCAAGAUAACCAGUUUUCUGGGGGUCUGGAUGUUCUCCAAGAUCUUCCCCUGUUAGAGCUGAACAUUGAGAAUAACUUAUUCAGCGGGCCAAUACCUGAUAAGUUGUUUAGCAUUCCAAACUUCAGAAAUGCUGGAAAUCCAUUUAGCAAUACCAAUGGUUCAUUACCUUCGCCCACAUCCCCGUCAACACCGCCUCCAGCACCCACAUCCCUGAUAGUACCGCCCCCAGCACCACGUCUGAACAGGAAAAAGCAUAAAUCUACGAAAACAAUAUCAGCUUCUGUGAUGACUCUAUUGAUAACAAUAAUAGUAUUGUUGUCAGUAGUAGUCUUAGCUUUAACACUUUGGGUUUUUGUUUUCCGUUGUCUGGGAGGGGGAAAACAUUCUGAUAGAACUUCCCAAGAAGUAGCUCCUCACUUAGACAGUGAAAAUAGUCUAAGACAAGAGGGGCCACUAGCUCAAGAAAGAACUCAAAGCCCAGCUGCACCUUCAGAGACGCCGCUUCCGCCUCCGAGACCUAUCUGUUCAGACGUUUGUGUGAAGUUUUUCACCCUGGCAUCGUUUCAAGAAUACACGUGUAAUUUUUCUGAAGAAAAUUUACGUGGUUCAUGCCGUGUUGGAAAUCUUUACCGAGCAGAGCUUCCUGAUGGAAAGCUAUUGGCUGUUAAGAAGUUGAACCUAAAUGCUUUCUUUCUGCACAAUCACGAAUUCGUUGAGAUCGUGAGAAGGAUGGCUGAAGUUCAUCAUCCUAACAUAGCUGAGCUCAGGGGAUUUGGUGCAGAGGACAAUCAUCAGCUUGUGGCAUAUGAAUAUUCGAGUAAGGGGACACUCCAUGAUGCCUUGCAUUCACUCACAUGGAAUACUCGACUUGAGAUUGCCCUUGGAGCUGCAAAAGCCCUAGAGUAUCUACAUGAGGUCCAUAAGCCACCAAUUGUCCAUGGGAACUUUAACUCCAGCAAUGUUCUGCUUGAUGAGCGGCUUGCUGCACAUGUCGCCGACUGUGGAUUGCUUUCUUUGCUAACAUCAGGUUCCCUUUGCCAGCUAAUGAGCAAAAUGAAUAGAAAGCUUUGUGUGAGGGGCAUGUUAUUGAUACUGUGGUUAUAUUAUUCUGCCUCCAAGAACUCAAUGAUGGCUAGCUCUAAGAAGAUAUUGUAUAGACUGUGGAGCUCUUUUCGUAGGUGGUCAUUGGCCUUUGGUUUCUGCAGUUGCUUGUUGAUCUGUUGGUCGAUAUGCGCUUCUUUUGGAUGGAUGUUUUAUGUUUCGGGUCUUUGGAGUGGGUAUUGGAUGCUCAGAAUCAUAGAACGCCUUCGAGGAGCUACAUCCAAGAGUGAUGUUUACAGCUUUGGAGUGGUGAUGUUAGAACUCUUAACAGGCAGACAGUCACAUAACCGGAGACGGAAUGAAGAACAGCUUCUUGUCGGAUGGGCAAUCCCUCAGCUUCAUAGCAUUGAUGCUCUGUUGAAAAUGCUUGAUCCAUCUCUAGAUGGAGAAUGCCAUGCUAAAUCAUUAUCGCAGUUUGCUGACAUUGUUUCUCGAUGUGUUCUGACAGAGCCUCGGUUUAGGCCACCCAUGUCUCAUGUUGUCGAAGACCUCCAAGAAAUAAUACGGAGGACGUCUGAACUUAGAUUUGGGAGGCUAGGGACAGACUAAUGCGUAUUUUUUUGACGGAUGCAAAUGGGAUGUGGCAACAAUAAUGGAAUUGCUGUGAAUAUAACGGUUGCGUAUAUUUCAAGCUUUUUGAAUUAGUAGAAGUUGUUUUAGCAGAGGAUGGACCCGCUGUCAUGGUAUUUGAUGUUGUUUGGAUAACAUUUUU